AUGCCCGAGCGAGUGAUCGCGCAAAGCGAGGCUCAACGGAAGAGGGCAAAGCUAACUCUGGGCAGUGUGUUCUCCUUGACCUUGGAGCCGGAUAGGACCCACAACGGAGAUAGGAGCGAGGAAGUGACCCGCCUUCUGAAGGAAAACGCUUUUCGGUUCUUUCUGCACGGAGGUGGGCAUGCCGAGGACUGGGGAGAAGACGAGGAGCAGGACGUGGUCGACGAUCUGGUGAAGCGCUGGAAGGAGAGCGAGUGGGGCCAGCUCUGGAGUCGGCGACACCACCAACUCAAGAAUCAGCCUGGGCAGCUGUACGCUGGGGGGACCCAAUGGUUUGGGACGAGCUUCGAGAUUGGGAAUCUCAUGGGCGUCAAUAUUCUCCAUGGACACGAGCAUCCGUCCACCCAUACGAUGUCUCGGAAGCCGAAGGACACGAGCUCCUUGGCCGCGACCACAGGCAAAGACACGUUUGUCACCGCACGCUCCUCCCUCGAUCCGACUCCUGUCGCACCCCAAAUGAGCGUGCAGGUAUCGAGCGCGGACUCGCAGACGUACAACCAAGCUCAAGCAGACGCCCCGACCCCUGCUUCCUCGCGGACAGGCCUUCUGGCCACGCGAGACUCCGAUCGAGAACGUCAUAUUGACUCGGCGAACGGCGGGCCUUCUUCCAUCGACAGACUCAAGAAAGCAAAGUCUGAAAUAUACCUUCGGCCGUCGCUCGUAAAGGAUGAGCCGAAGGCUUCUGCCCGUACCGACGGAGAAGUUUUGGCUAGCCACGCAAAAGGAAAGGCUAAAGUGCAUUAUGCCGACUUGGCCGAGGAGGCCGCCAUAACAGUGCCAUCUGGCCCUCAGACUCCUGGACCACGGCCACCGGAGGAGGUCUUGGAAAGGACAAACAGCACGGUCGACGUGAAUACUAGUUUGGCGGCAACGGCUGUUGCAAACGAGAUGUCGGAGUCACCCUCCAGCGAUUUCCACUGGGGAGAUGUUGUCCUGCGAGGUGGCUACCAGUACAUUUCUAUGAAGUACACGAAUAUUAACUUCUUUGAUGAUUCUGUCAACCGCACAACGAGGGGACUUCGCUAUGAGGACUGGGGAGAAUUCCUCGUCGCAUGGCGGAGAGACAGCAUCGAGAUCUACAGAGAUCAUAAUACGCCUGGUAAAGAAUGGGUCACUAAACGCAAACACCUGUGUUAUGUGAUCCCGUUGAGGUCUUCAAGAACACGGAUGUCACUGUAUUCUUUCGUCGAUUUGACAUUCUGCAUCACUUGCGCGCCGACUACCACGAGGUUAAAUGAAACGUCUUCUCGGUGGAUCUUCAGUCGUGAAAAGGAGGGCACAAACAUCUUCAUUUUCAAGGUCAAGAGUCGUUCAAGGGCAUACGACUGGGCCUGGCAACUUUGGCGUCAAAUGGGUGGUCAAGUACCUAAAUCCAUCGACAUUCACAAUCCUCGUUUGUCGACCAAAGUGACAAUCGACGUGCCCGAAAAUGAACAGGCUAAUACCGCUAGUUUGUACCGCCUUUUCAAACGUCGAAAUGUUAUCGAUCUAUGCAUGCAGUCCCUCCAAGCUGUCCCAGCAUACAAAUACUUGAUUGAAACAGAAAUUAGGGAUGGUCGGUCUCUGCAACUCUCUUGGCGGCAUAAAGCAACCUUGGAUUGGAUAUGGCUCGAUGAGGAUACGUAUGGCCAACCCAGAGAAUGGUCUGUAUUAUGUGGAGUAGCUUUCAAACAGUCAUCGCAAGCACCUGUUCUGGAGAUUCGAGUGGCGCAGCAUGCUCCUACGCAUCUGCACCUCAAGGACGGAACACGCAUAAGUGAACCCCCAGGCAUUGAGGGGUAUCUUGAAAGAAUACGACCGAACACUCAGACGAAGCAUCAGCUGUAUCUUGCGACCCAUAAUGGAUACAUGUUCAUCCUCAACGCAUACACCCCGUUUCCUCCACUUCCACCUGGCCUCAUUCCACCACAGCCCUCUCUCUCUGAGGCGCAAAACCUCCGCCAUACUGAAAUCCGUCGCGGUACCAAUCAGAUUAUGACUGCGACCGGUGUCUUCGAUCUAAGGACCAUCGUGGCAGUCAGAAGAGCUUUCCAGAUAACGCCAGCAUCGACUCAUAAUCAUAGGCAGCUUCAUGACGACGACUCUGCUUCGUUUCGAGUUUUUGAGAACCCUGAGGAAAGGACCCCAGAAGAUGAGGAAGACGAAGGUGGAGAAGCAUUCCUCAGCAAAUCUGUCGAUCGCCCAAGAACGAGGACCAGACGAUCCUUCGAACUAUUGCUCAAUACUGGCCAUGUUAUACGCCUCGAAGCAUAUUCUUGCCGCGUGGCAAUCGAAUGGAUAGAGCGACUACGGGCAUUAAUCGUGUAUUGGAAGAGGCGGCACCGGAUGGACGCGAAGCAGGAAAUCGAUCUCGCACAAGCGCAGCGGCCCCGCCUGACUCCGCAAACUCGGGUAUGCCAGGAUGAACAUGAAGUCCCGCCUGAGGCCCCGGCGGACUUGUCCUCGCCUUAUGAAGCAAUGGACUUGCUUUAUAAUCGGUGCGUUCUCGAAGGGUGCAAGCCGAUUGUGAAAGGGGGUCGGAUUUACAUGAAGAAAGGUUUACGGGGCCAGUACAAGCUGGUCCAACUAUUCCUGGUCGCUGGCCAUCUCGUCCGUUUCAAGAUUGGUUCCCACUCGAUGCUCUAUUCUGCGAUGAAGAAGAAGAUAAACAUACUGGAUGCGUAUGUUUGCUCUGGGUAUCUUGCAGCCCAGACUCUGCCGAAGGGCCAAUAUCAGCCCAACGCUGCGCCAACGCCUCGGAGAUAUCAAGAUGGGCUGGAGACUGACGAUCGAGAAGAGGACAUGCUCUUCAUGAUCUGUUACCGACCACAGCCCCAAAUGAUGAAUGCGGACCAAGAUCCUACAACCACGCCAGUGAACUCGAAGUCGAUGCCUGGGCUUUCCGCGAAGCAUAAGAUGCUCGUGUUCAAAACCAGGAGUGUUCUUGAACGGGAUGCUUGGUGCUGGGCCCUGAAUUCAGAGAUUGAAAAAAUCGUCAGGGCUCAGAAGGAUAGGGAGGAACGGUUGAGGUCGGCUGGCAAUUUGGUCGAAUUGAAAUAA